GUCAUUCUCCGCAGCAGUCUGCUAGUCCAAAUCCACCAGUCAAAAUGGCGGACAGACCAGUUGCCAUAGCUGAGAAGCGUCUGAUGGAUGUGAAACUGGGCGAGCUGGGAAGCUGGCUCGGUGCGAGAGACUUCACUCCCAACGGGAUCAUCACCGCUGUGCGCCGGGGCCAUGACAGAUACUUCAACAAGUACGUAAAUGUGAGGAGGGGAGGCAUCGGUGGUGUUGCUAUGCUGCUAGCUGGCUAUGUGACCCUCAGCUAUAUAUGGGAAUACGACCACAUCAAACAUGAUCGCUGGAGGAAGUACCACUAACCAACCGCUAUCUCACCUUCUGGGAUGGACUGUUCGCCUCCACCUACUCUUUCCUUUCUCGGCUCGUUGUGUUCAAUUUGUGACCAAUAAACCAUACUAAAGAGUUA